AUGAGUUAAGUUCAAAGUUAAAAUAAGGCUUAGUUAUAGGCUCAAAGAUAGGUGUAAUAAAAGCAGUAAUAGCAACAGAUUUAAGUAAUUGACGCUCAAGCAGUUGCAUAGGCCUAGUUGCAAAGAGCUCAGGAAUAACACACACAACAUGUUUACAAGCAAAUCAUUAACGAGGAGAAGAAAGUUUUUGGCAUGAAGUAUCCCUAGCGCAAUACUGAGCCUUCUAUGUUUGAUAUACUCUCUUGGGAGGAAAAGAAAUAGUAAAAGCAAGAUUUUAAGUCCAACCAUAUCCCAAAUAACGAAGUUGAUUAAUACAAAAUCUUGAUCAAUAAGAGCAGCGGUCAUUUCCAAACCGAACAAAGAGAUAAUUACAGAUAAUUUUAUUUAGACAAGGAAGAAGGCGUUCUCGUUCCAGAGGUUGAACCUGAAGUCUUAGAUAAGUUGAGGGGUUAACAAUAGUAACUGUUACAUGAGCAUCAUCAUCAUUAACACUAGCCAUAAGUGUUAACAGUAGUAUAAUAAUAGCAAUAGGUUAAUUAGCAAUAGAAUCAUUAAGCUCACAAUCUGCAUGGACCUAAGACUAGUUAUUAGAGAGAAUACGAAAUAAGCGAUGUCCACAAUCCAAACGAAUUAAUAAAUAUCAUUUAAAAGAAUCACAAGCUAAGUUAAAAGCAAACAGAAGCUCUCCUUGAAAAGGCUUAGCAAGAUAAGCGUUCUAAGAUAUAAGUUAAUAAUUUUUAUGAAUAAGAACCUGUCUAGCUCAUUCACCCUAAUGAUGAUAACGAAGAAGACUACGAAGAUGAAGAUUAAGAGAAUUUAACUCAACAAUAAUAAAUUGAACGCUAAAGAUUGAGAGAACAAAGACUCAAGGAAGAAGAAGCAAAGAAAGAAGCAGCCAAAGUUAAGAAAUUCUCCACUGUUAACACUAAAAAUGUUAAAUCCAAAUUGAUUAAAUACAAACCCCAGGCAUAAAAGUUAGACCCUCAAUACCAAAAGGAAAGAAUCGAUCGUAGAAAGCAAAGAAUUAAACACAUGGAAGAAACAACUAGAUGGUUGCCAAACAGUGCUUUCACUACUUAUUUCGGUAAACCUGCCUUCGAAAACUACGGAAGGGGUAAUGUAAAUCCCUCUAUUGGUGGUCCCAUUUACGGUUAAUACCUUCUUUCUCACAAUGUAAAUCCUCAUAGAGGUAUUCACCAACCUAAGUACAUCUAAUCUUACAACAACGCUCUUAACUAUGGUGAAAGACUUCCCGAUUCUGAACCCCAACCUCCCAGAAACGUCAAGGAAGACUUCAGAUUGAGCCAAAAAUAAGUCGAUGAUCUUAAGAAUAGAAACCCUUUAACAGCUACCGUCAACAAAAGAGAAAAUUUGAGAAUCUAAAAGCCUGAUUUAGUUAACAGUCUUAGAUUUGCCUCAAAUGAAAACUCUCCAGUUAAUGUUGCCAACACUGAAGAAGAAAAGAGAAAGAGAAUAAAGGAAGAACUUAAGUAAUUGAGAGAGGGCACUAAAGCUCACACUCAAAGUUUCACUCAAUUCUAAGAUUUUGCAGAUUCUCCUCAAAAACCAAAGAAACCAUCCAUAAAAGAAUUGUAAGGAAAGGUGAAACCUCAAUCUGCAAGUUAAAAAUAAGUGAAGAUUUCAGCCUAAGAUGAAUAACAUUAGUAGUAAAAUCAAUAAAGACAAUAAAAGUCAGCAACAGUUGCUACUGCUUAACAUUAUUAAUAGCAACAAUAACAAUAAUAGUAAUAUGUCUAACAAUAGCAUUAGUAUCAACCAUAAUAACUCACUGAAGAGUAAAUUAGAGCCAAUUAAGAAUGGGCUGAUGACCUUCCUCACAAAAAAAUUAUUGAUGAAUUAAAUAGAAAGAAGGCUUAAAAAAAUAGAUUAGCUCUUAAAGUCACAGAAGUUAUUCCCGUCCUUCCCCAUGACGGUUAAUAUUAUUAAGCUGGUAUAACAAGUGAAAAGAAGAAUAAAUCAUUGUCUCCAAGCAGACCUCAAACUGCUCAACCAAGAUUCGAUAUUCAAAGCCUUGAUCUAAGUGGACUUCCUAUUGAAGUUUAGAACGAACUCAGAGAAAAGCUCAAUAAUCCUAAACUAUACAAGAACGCUCCAGCACAAUUUACUAAGCACAUUCCUUAUGCUGGUAAAACUAUUGCCAAUAACGAUGAUAUUAAAUCAGUUUUCCACUAUGAAAACAUUCAAGAGGACUUUUGA